AAAAAAAAAAAACUCGAACAGCAACUGGGCAACUAGCCGCGGAUUUCUGUGCACGCUGAUAGAAAAGGAACUUGGAAAUGAGAAAUGAUCCGAGCUCGAAACUCCAAAGUCUAAACUGAAUCCGCAGAUACAUACACUCCAAACGUCGAUUCUCGACGCAGAGAAAGUAAAAAGAUGAAGGAAAAUUUGACAUUUUUGAAAAGAUAACAGAGCUCUCUCCUUCAUAUCCUUCUCCCCAGCAAAUCGAACGUACGCCGGAAAUUCGUGGGUUUUGCUCAAGUUUUGAUCUUGUUGUGAACAUUUGGAGCUUAAGUCGGUUGAGUUCAAAUAUACGAAUGGGAGAUUUUUCGGGUUGUGAUUUGAUAAGCAAUUUGCCUCAGAGCAUUAUAGAGAGCAUUCUUACGCGUCUCCCGAUCAGAGACGCUGUAAGAACUAGCUGCUUAUCAAGGAAGUGGAGAUACAAAUGGACUACCAUCACUCAUCUUUCGUUCGAUGAAAAAUGUGUCACUCUAUCCAAUGACCGAGCUCUUGUUGAGAAAAGCCUCAUAGAUUUUGUUACUCGAGCUCUCUUUCUUCACCAAGGACCCAUUCACAAGUUCCAGCUUUCGACUUCUUAUUUGCAGAGUUGCUCGGAUAUUGAUCAAUGGAUACUUUUCCUUUCGAGGAACGAUAUCAAAGAGUUGGUUCUUGAGUUGGGAGAAGGUGAGUGGUUUAGGGUGCCUUCGUGCCUUUUUUACUGUAAAAAGUUGACCCGUCUGGAGCUAUUUCGCUGCGAGUUGGAUCCGCCUCCUUCUUUUAAAGGAUUUUUGUGUUUGAAGAGCCUCAAUCUUCAUCAGGUUUUGGUUACUCCUGAUGCAAUCGAAAGUCUUAUUUCCAGUUGCCCUCUACUUGAGAGUCUGGCUUUGUCGUACUUCGAUAGCUUAGCUCUAAACAUCCGCGCUCCAAAUCUCAAAUACUUGUGUCUUGAAGGCGAAUUUAAGGAUAUCUGUCUUGAAAAUACUCCGCUUUUGGUUGCCAUGUCUGUUGCUAUGUAUAUGACUGAUGACAUUGCUGAGCACUUUGAGCAAAGUUCAAAUUGCAAUUUUAUCAAGUUUCUUGGUGGCAUUCCACUUCUUGAGAGGCUUGUUGGGCAUAUCUACUUUACGAAGUAUUUGAGUAUAGGUAAUGACCUAGGAAUUCUUCCGAUUACUUACAAUCGUUUAAAGAUUAUCGAAUUAUAUCAAGUAAGUUUCGAAGAUAUGAAUGAGAUACUAGUUGUUCUUCGCUUGAUUACGAGCGCUCCCAACUUAAGGGAACUUCAAAUCUCGGGAUCUUCAAAUGCUUUAGCAGCAAUAGAAGCGUCCGACUUGGAUUUCUGGGAGAAACAAUGCCCUUCCGACUGCACAUUCCGAAGGCUUAAAGUUGUGAAGAUGACAGAUAUGUCUGGAGUGCCACAUGAAAUGGAAUUCAUCAAGUUUUUGUUGAAGAAAUCGCCCGUGCUUGAGAUGAUGAGUAUCACGCCUUGCGCGUAUGGUUUGGAAGGGCGGAUGAAGAUGUUGAUUGAGUUGGUGAGGUUUAAACGGGCAUCUCCAGAAGCAGAAGUUAUCUUCAUCCAAGAUUAGGGAUUCCCUUAAAAUUUAAGGCACUGCCGUCAACUGCCGUGGUUGGUAAGAUGCAGCAAGCACCAAACAGAUAACUUAAAUGUAAACAGAGGCGUUAUCAUCAUAUAAACAUUGCACCGUGUUAAUACAAUGAGUCAUAUUU